GUGUGAAAGCACUGAGCUCCCUACCGACGAGUCACAGUCUACCCGCACUUACCAUUAAAUAUUAGUCAAAGAGUUGACGGGAAGGAGAAAGCAGCUGGAGAACAGUCGGCGAUAAAAGCCCACGCGCUCAGCCGUUACGUUACGUCGGACUGAGAGUUGAAAUCUAAACGGACGAGCUGGAUUUCCUCCCGGGCUGGAAGUGAAGCUCCUCGGCUUUAAAGCGAACCGGAGUCCGCCGACGACAUGGAAAAUAAAUAGUUGGCAGUAUCAGUUUGGAUCCAGCUGUAGUCAUGGAUGAAAAUUGGAAAAACUGUUUCGAAGAGGAGCUACUGUGUCCCAUCUGCCUGAAUGUUUUUGAAGAACCCAUCCAGCUGCCAUGCAAGCAUAACUUCUGCAAGGGUUGCAUCUCUGAGGCUUGGGCCAAAGACACUGCCGGGGUCCGCUGCCCUGAAUGCAACCAUGAAUACGACCAGAAACCAGCGCUGGAGAAGAACUUUAAGCUGGCCAACAUAGUGAAGCGGUUUAAUGCGUUGAACACUGAAAAAGUCCCUGCAGUGCUGCACUGUGUCCUCUGCAGACGAGGCCCACCGCUUCCUGUGAGGAAGGUCUGUCUGCGCUGUAAAGAGCCCUGCUGCCAAACUCACAUCCAGACUCACCUGCAGCAGCCGUGCGCCGCCCCGGGACACCUGUUAGUAGACGCUGAGGAGCUGAGCGCUUGGACAUGUCCCAGUCAUGAGGAGUACAGGCUGCUCCACUGUGAGGAGGAGCAGGUGGCUCUGUGUCCGUUCUGCUGCAUCUCUCACUGCACUAACCAAAGACACACAGUCUGCGAUGUGGACACUCAGCGCAUACAAAUGCAGGCCAUGCUAAUGAGGCAGCAGGACAGACUGGAGGGCCGUGUUCAGAACAUCGAUGAGCAGCUCACCAAGCUGGAGUCAGAUAAGACGCUCAUGAAGGAUGCGGUGUCUGAACUGAAGGAGCGUGUGAGAGCUCAGUAUCAGAGGAUGCAUGCAUUGCUGGAAGCGAAUCAGGCUGAAACGGUGCAGAUGCUGGAGAGCACUUUCACCGCAUACGUGAGGAAAAAUUCCCAGCAGGUCUUGCAGCUCAACGAGAAGCGCCAGGAAGCGGAAAAACUCCUGAGCUCAGUACAAAUGUUAUUCCAAAGAGCGGACAAUGUCAACUUCAUGAAGAAUACAAAACCUUACCAGCUGCUGAUGGACAGGUCAAAUUCACACCUGACUAGUGCCAUCCCACCACUCAGAGUGGGCCAACUCAACUCUCAUCAUUUACUGUCUGAACUCUCAACAAGGGAAAAAAACCUUCGUAAAGUCUUAGAAGAGCCGUUCAAUGAGGCAUCCAUUCUUGAGGUAGUCCCAUCUCACAGCAGCUCUGCCGUCUCCCAUACAGAGACGAGUUCAGGACUGCAGAAGAGAAAAUACAGCAUGGCUUUCCUGGAGAGUAACACAACAAACUCCACCCCCCAGGAUCCCCCACCUUUGCUCUACAGCAGUAAGAAGCCCUUCCUGGCUGAGCAGAGCCAUCGGGCGCCGUCCAUGUAUUCCUCUGAUGGACUCUCCCAGAAUCCUCACGCUGGCCCCGGACACAGCAGACUCCUUGACACUUCAGCCCAUCACAUGGUGGGUUUAGGCUCCAGCUCUAGCCACCACUCAGGGACCAUAUUCUCCCCCUCACAUUUCCCCAGCGGAGGUGCCUCACAACAAGCCAUGUACGAAGGCAGGAAAGUACUCAUGUGCACUCUGAAUAACUGCUGCUGCUCCAGGGCCCCCACAGCAGCUCGUGCACGGCCUCCGUACCCGGUGUCAGACUCCUUCCCUUCUAUGACCUCUCAGGAGUUUACCCCACAUGCAUCUCUUCCUACAAGUCAGUCCCUGCAGCAUUUUCCAAUGAGGGGGCUGAUGGAGGCCUCACAGACAGCCCGGCACCCUGACUUCUACGGGCUGUACGGCCAGUCUUCAAACAAGCAUUACGGGACCAAGUAACAAAGAAUCGGCAUUUGUUCUGCAUCAUUUAAUCAGAAUACGCAUUAGGAUUUUCAUUGUUACUUUUUGUUUCUCUCCAUGUUGGUCAGAGAUUUGUAGUUGGUUCUGGCUUUUGACUGUAUAUUAAUAUGGACAGCUUGUCUCCGCUUCCUUCCGUUGAACAUAGUGAAGCCAAAUAUCACAGUGACAGGAGAUGACAAUAUUUUGCUGGGGAAGUAGAUUUAAGCUAAGAAAUGUGCUCAAAGGGAGUUGCAGAACUGGCACCAUGCCGAUUUUGCUAAAUGCAGCACACAUUAAACGUAACUGUUAGAACUUCCAAGAUCCCUCUAGUUGAUUCAAGCCAGCAGAACAAACUGUUGUGUCCGUUUGGAGUAGACGCUCAUAGUUAUGAAAAGCUGAAUGACUGUAUUGUCAGUUUUAGUUAUAUUUUUUCUUGCCGUUCCUCCUUUAUUCACUCAGUCUAGUUGACAGUGGUGUAUGGAGCCACAUUUUUCAACAGAGCUUGGAUUUGACAAAUAUUUCUUUGGGUGUGUAUUUGACAUGAUCGUUCAAUCCAAGCCCCAGCUAUUAAAGUAAACAAUGACGCUUCAGCGCAUGUAAUAACUGGGGCCCUCAUGCUUGAGAGUUGUAAUUAGGGCUGCAAGCUUUAAUGAAUUAACUACGCUAAAAUAAGGCCCAUAAUUAGUGCAUUCCGUUUCUUUUAAUCCCAUGCUUAAUUGUCCCUUUCAGGGCACUUUCAGUGUGUUCAAAAUCGCAUACGUCUGUACAAAAUGCUAAAUACUUUGAGUGCAUAUGUGUGCAAGGUAUACUCUGAUGCACUCAAAAAUGUCCAAGAAUUGAUUGAUGGACACUUCGCACCCUCUUUUCAUAUCGGUGAUAUAGCAGGUGUUGUACUGUUAGUAUGCUAGCGCGCUAGCUAAUGUUAGCAUACGCGUACUAGCUAUCGUGUCAUUAGCAAUUGCAGCACAUUCAAUCAAGCUAUGCAAAUCAAUCAAAAAAAAAAUAUUAAAGGCAUGAUGUUUUUUACAAUGAAGCAAAUAAUGUUAACAUAACAUACAAGUGACAUGGAAUUAAUAGUGAGUGAAUAUAUACGUUAGAUUUUGAUUCUAGCUGCUUAUUGUCUAUUAUGCAUCUACUUUUUAAAAGGAAGCAGAAGAAGAAAACAGAAGCUGUUAACCAUCAUCACUUCCUUCUAGUGCAAAUCAGCAGUGUGGGACUGAGACAGUAGCUGUAACUGCUUUGAACCGUUUUUGAACUGUUUUAAGUGUACUGUAAUGCAGUGUAGUUACAGAAGUGUUUGAUUUGAGACAGUUUAGUUAAGUCACUGCUGCAUCUUUGUGAGGCCACAGUGAAGUAAAGUAAGAAGAACAUUGCCCCUUAAUGUCUCAUUUCACCGUUAAACUCAGAAAGCUCAGUGGACAAGUCAGAAGUCAUCUGUGUUAUCAAAUAUUUAACUUUUUACUGUUUACUUAUUUCCUUUUAAAUCCAUGACAAGUUUUGAGCUCAUUUUAUAAUUUUUGCUCUUCCCUAAGUUCUUGCCUUUCAAAAUAAAGGCAGCCUUAGUUUAAGACAGUACAAAAUUCCAAAAUGAAACAAAAACGGUUUUAGCUGCAUCAGUGGAAUAUCAAUAUGCAACAAAAAGAUGAGAUUAAUUAUGACUAACGGCAGAAAUUCUGAGAUUAAUCAUGAUUAAAAUGUAAAUGCUUGACAGUUGUAACGUAUUACAUAAUACAGCAGUUCCCUCACCGAUAUUAUAGCUCGUAUACGCAACUACAAAAUGGUAAUAAACUGCAUAAACCAAUAAAAUCAUGAUAUUUUUAUCCACAAAUCAUUAGGGAUGAGUAUUAAAAUCUGGUACCAACAUAUCCAAUACCUCCCAGACCAAAUUACAACAGAUAUCGAUACUUCAUUUGGAUACCUGCCACCCCAGUGCGACCCUCUGCUACCCCAAAUGAAAGGCAAGAAAUACACUGGAAUUUGUGUGAUUUAUAUGUGAAGUUCCUUUUCUUAUCCAAUGUUCAACUGGUAUAAAGAUAUUUCUGCAUAUCAUUUUAAGAUACUCAGACAACUUUUAUUCGUCCGCUGACUUUCAACACACUUUUUUAAAAAUAAAAGUAUUGAUUCAGGCACUGGAACUGUAUAAAAAUGAUCAAUUUAAGCGGUAUCAGAAAAAAAAACAUUAAAAAACAAACACAACAUUUGAGAAUAGAACAAACAAAGACAGUUACACUCUGGUACAGGCAGAGAUGAAAAAAGUACAAAACUGUUGUAUUCCAUUAAAUGUAUAGUUACUUUGUUUAAAGUGACUUCAGUAAAGGUAAAAGUACUGGUCUGUAAAUCUACUCAAGUUAAAGUAAGGUAGACCAUUUAAACUUUACUCAAAAGUUCUGAGUACUGCUAGUUACUGUUGGCUACCUAAGGGGUUUAUACAAUAAAAUAUGCUGUCUCCUUAAUGUGCAACAACAAGAAGAUAAUAAGAAUCUCCAGCCAGGUUGGUUAUUAUAAGGAAUGACUUAACCCAAAGAAAAAAAAUCUAACAGCUGUUUUGGAGUGAAAUGUAAAAUCAAUAUCUCAUUAUGUACUACUGACCAUCAUGCGUAAUCAAAACCAAACUAUAGGCCAGUUUCAUGUCAUUAACAGAAGGCUUAGACCUCCUUCUUUUGGCUGUUAGAGUAAAUUUUUACUUAAUAGUUGAUGCUUUUAGAAUGUAGUGAAGUACAAUACUUCCCCCAGAAUUUAAUUAAGUAAAAGUUGAAUUAAGAUUUAAGAUUUUAAAAACUAAUAAAAAAAAGUACAACCCAGAAAAGCCACUCAAUUACAGUAAUUUGAGUAAAUUUGUUAUGUUGCUCUCUACCCUUGGGAAUAUGUAAACAUGAUUGGAAAUGAGGGCACGUCCCUCCACAUUGGUGAUCCAGUUGCGUUUUUUUAUGGGAGGGGGACUUCACAAUGUCUUAGUUCAUGGUCCUAACGGGAUAUUAUUAUUACUACAUGAUCUAAACUUCAGGCAGUGAGCAGUGGGAGCUCUAAAUAUUUUGGCUUCACUUCCAGGAGGCUGUUACUCUGUCCAUCUUAUUAUACAGUCUAUUGUUCUCUAGCCUUCAUAUUAAUGUUAAUUUGACAUUUAUCUGACCCAGAUUUAGGAAACCACGCUCUGUUUACCUCCUGAAUCACAGUGACAGAAGUAAUGCUCUAAUUUCUUUUAUUUUCAAAUCAACUGGAAGUGCUAAUGUGAAUCAUAUAGUCUUAAAUCCAUUCAAGCAGAGAACUAAAGAACUGAGUCCUGGCGUGGGACUCCAGAGACUUUCAGUGCCUAAAACGACUGUUAACUCUCUCUUGUAUACUUGCAAGUUCCUAGCUCUUGAUUUUUUUCUUCCCUGUUUGCAGCUGAAAGCAUGCAGGGAGCCUCUCCAUGCACUCCAAAAGUCCACGUGGCUUUAGAAAAAACACUGGACUACAAAUGUUUGUCAGGUUUUUCAUGAAUUUUUAUACAAGAUUAUGAAUAAACCAAAACCAGUGGAAAAAUAAUGAAUAAAACGCAUAUUAAUUUA